CACUAGAUGGUGACAUUACCCUGUAGGGAGAUGUCACUGUCAUCUAUAUAAAUUAUUAUGUGAAAUCGUAAGCAGACAGUGACUUGGUUGGGUUUCAUUGGAAAGGUUGAGAAGCCCAGUCAUGGAGAGGUUAAUGUUAAAAUUAGACUUUAACACCGCCUGCAGCUUAGUGGGGUGUGUGUGCAUGUGUGUGUGUGGUGGGGAGUGGGCAUUAUACUGAAGGAGUUACUGGGAAUAUAGUAUGGAUCAGUGAAGGUGAUCAGGUAUUAGCUGCAGCGUAAGCCAUGGGGUCAGAGGUUAGCCACAGUGUUCAGCCAUAGAUUCAGCCCUGUGUGACUUUUUCGUCCACCCUCUCAUUAGGCUUGGGUCUUCAGCUAUGGAAAACAUUGAUCAUUUUGGGUUAGCAAAGAUUCAUAUGACCCUAAGUUGAAAAUUGUGGGUAGGCCUAUAAACGUGUAUUUGCUCUGUCAUGUGUAGGUACCUCAGACAGAAUGUAUAACCCAACCCUUUCUCUGACAGCACUGUAGGGUUUGGGUUUUGUCCAUAUGCACAAAUAGGCCUCUGUCUGUGUGUUCUGUUCCCACAUACCCACUCUGUUUUUGUGUGGCUAUGAGCGGGAUCUCUCUCCCUCCGCGCCACGUUCUUACAGAAUGAUCUCUCUCUUCUGAUCCCUCUCCUCUUUAAGCUUGUUAGAUCCCAAUCUGUUUCCCAGGGACACCAUGAGAUUAGGUGUGUGUGUGCCUGUGUGUGUGUGCGGGCGUGCCCGUUUGAGUGUGUAGCCUAUGUGAACAUGCUGUGUGGGGAGGAGUCUGUACUUGGCUGUUCCCUGACCUUGGAUGAGAAAAGUGUCUGGGUGUGAGAGAGCGAGAAAGACAGACUUGGAGAGUUUGGCAUCAACAUAAUGCACAUCAAACUAUAAGGAAGGGGAGGGGACAGACAGAGACAAUGGGGGCUGCGGUAUAGGCUACUGCAGUGCAGGUUUGUGGGGUGUUGUUUCUGUGGCUGAAGAGAGAUUUGCAUUAGGAUUCUGAGGGACACCUGGCAACCCGUGGAUGAGCUGAGGAGUGACGAUGUCUGUACAGGCCAGACGACAACACAGCAUACAGCAGCCAAUGAAAGAGCCCGGAACAGGAAGCUGAGAUGGAGUUCUCAGGGUGCCCUGCUGCUGCCGGUGUUGCCGACGAGGCCCAGGAGGCGGAGCAGGCGGAGAAGGAGGGCCACGCCCAGGUUCUAUUUGAUGAGUUUGUCCAGGCGUCCACCUGCAGAACGACACUCCAUGCCUUCAACCUGCUGUGUGAGCACCUUCAGCUCACACACACACACACAGAGCCAAAGACAUACUCCCCGACGCAGCCGCAGCGGCCUUUCUACCACACCCUCAAAGAACGGCUCGGCUACUGGAAGGCCAACGCACUGUGGGCCAAACUGGACAAACGGGCGGCCCACCACGAGUAUGGGAAAGGCCGUGUCUGUGCCAACACAACGUGUGUGAUCAUUGGGGCGGGGCCGUGUGGUCUGCGUACAGCAGUAGAGCUGGGGUUCCUGGGGGCCAGAGUGGUGCUGCUGGAGAAGAGAGAUGCCUUCUCCAGGAACAACGUCCUCCACCUCUGGCCUUUCACCAUCCAUGACCUCAGGGGCCUCGGGGCCAAGAAGUUCUACGGAAAGUUCUGUGCUGGAGCCAUUGACCACAUCAGUAUACGGCAGCUACAGUUGGUGUUAUUAAAGGUAGCUCUGUUGUUGGGGGUGGAAGUCCAUGUCAACGUAGAGUUCAAGGGACUGGUGGAGCCACCUGCGGACCAGGAGCAACAGAAGGUAGGCUGGAGGGUGGAGGUGAAACCCAAGUCUCACCCUAUUAACACACUGCAGUGUGACGUGGUGAUCGGAGCUGAUGGACGACGGAACACACUACCAGGGUUCAGGCGUAAGGAGUUCCAGGGCAAGCUGGCCAUUGCCAUCACAGCUAACUUCAUGAACCGUAACACCUCGGCUGAGGCCAAGGUGGAGGAGAUCAGCGGAGUGGCCUUCAUCUUCAACCAGAGGUUCUUUCAGGAGCUACGGGACGCCACGGGAGUGGACCUGGAGAAUAUAGUGUACUACAAGGACGACACGCACUACUUUGUGAUGACGGCUAAGAAGCAGAGUCUGCUGGAGAAAGGAGUCAUUCUGCAGGACUAUGCAGACACAGAAACACUUCUCUCACGGGGAAACGUGGACCAGAAUGCACUGCUGGCCUAUGCCCGCGAGGCGGCGGACUUCUCCACCAAUCACCAGCUGCCGUCCCUGGACUUUGCCAUGAACCACUACGGGCAGCCUGAUGUUGCGUUGUUUGACUUCACCUGUAUGUACGCCUCAGAGAAUGCUGCACUGGUCAGACAGAGACAUGGACACCAUCUACUGGUCACGCUGGUGGGAGACAGCCUUCUGGAGCCAUUCUGGCCCAUGGGGACAGGUAUAGCACGGGGGUUCCUGGCAGCACUGGAUUCUGCCUGGAUGGUACGGAGCUGGGCUCAAGGCCUCGCCCCCCUGGACUUACUUGCUGAAAGAGAGAGUCUGUAUCGUCUCCUUCCUCAGACCACUCCAGAAAAUGUCAACAAGAACUUUGGUCAAUACACUGUAGACCCAGCUACCCGCUACCCUAACAUCAACCCUCAACUCAUCACCCCCGCACAGGUGGGCCAUCUAAUAUACACAGGAGAGAAUGGAGGUUCAGGUGUGGUCCAGGAACCGCAACCCCGAUCCCCCUUGCCGAAGCUACUACGACAGGAGUCCUUCUCUCGCUCCAGUAAGCUUUUGUCGUGGUGCCAGCAGCAGACGCAAGGUUGCCGUGGCGUUGCUGUUAGCGACCUCACUACUUCCUGGAAGAGUGGCCUAGCUUUGUGUGCCCUCAUCCACCACUACCGACCUGACCUCAUUGACUUUGACUCUCUGGAGGAGGACGAGGGGGAGGUGAAUAUGAGGUUGGGGUUGGAGGUGGCAGAGAAGGAGUUUGGCAUCUCUCCUGUGAUGACUGUAGAGGAGAUGUCGUCUGUCAGCGAAACGGACACUCUCUGCAUGGUCAUGUACCUCAGCCAGUUUCACCAGCUCUUCAAGGGGGCACUGCCCCCAAGUGAAUCCCAGACUGAGAGCCCAGAUGGGAGGGCUGCUGUGAUCGGUCCUGCCUCUCUCCUCAGCCGCCUGGGCCACAGCCCAUCCCGCAAGCGCAACCCCAAAGAGCAGAAGGAAAAGGAUGCGGUGGGGAAGAGGAGGAAGACCGGUCGGCCAUGUCUGGAGGACGUGAAACAAGAUCUCAGAUUAAGAUCUCAGGACAGUUAUGAGGAAGAGGCUGCCCUGUGCUCUGUGGGUGGAGCAAGCCAGAGCAGAGUGCGCUCGAUGGCCAAUCAGCUGCUGGCCAAGUUUGAGGAGAAUGCCACUUGCCCCUCCUCCACGCCAGCUGCAGCUCUACGCAGACAGGGGGACUCCAUGCCCACGCUUCCACCUCCUCCAGCAUCCCCUGACCCCCAGGCCCAGCCAGCCCUUGUGGCCUCCGCUGCCACCUGGAAACAGGUAAAAAUAAAAUAUGUUCAGAUGUACACAGGGGGAGUGAGCUCAUUGGCUGAACAGAUAUCCAAUCAGCUUCAAAGUCAGGAGUCACCUUCACCCCAGCACACUCCUGAUAGGAAGGAAACGGGAAGUUCUACUGUAAGCCUCACUAUGAGUGGCGUCUCUGAUUGGGAGUGGGUCCGGCUUGGUAAAGCUUCUAUGUGUGUGUGUGUAUGUGUGCGUGCGUGUGUGCACUCAGUGGCAUCUCUGAUUGAGAGGGAGUGUGGCUUGGCUAAGCGCGUGCGCGGCACGCCAGAACGUAUAGAGCUGGAGAACUACCGAUUGAGCCUGGGGAGCCUGGAGACUGAACAUCUAACAGACGAGCCGGAGGAGGUGCCAGAGGAGACGCUGACCAAUUACAACCUCAGUCUGCUGGUGACAGAGGAGAAGAAGGCCAAUCACAAGCGCAGCCCAUUGCUGGACAAGAGCAACGAGGGCUCCAGUUCGGAAUCAGAGACAGAGGAGGAGGGGGAGAGGCAGCGGGCUCUAACCAAUGACCUGGCUAGAGACUCCUGGAGGAAGGCCAUGGAACUACACGCACGUCUCCGAGGAGAGAGAGGAGACGACGAAGAAGAGACAGGAGAGGAGGAAGGAGAGGUUGAUGAUGAUGAGGAGGAGGAGUUAUCUAGUGAUGAGGAAGGAUCAUCCCCCCUCACCGCUGAGGAGGUAGCCUCGUUGGACGAGUGGCAGCAGAGCACACACUCUCAAAACACACACUCUCCAGACACACUCACGCCUGACACACUCAUACCUGACACACUCAUACCUGACACACUCACGCCUGACACACUCAUACCUGACACAAACACGCCUGACAUACAACUGCCUGACUCGACAACACCCGACACACACGGUCCACACAGCCCCACCAGUGUACCCAAUAUCACCUUCUCCACUCCAGCCACUGCCUCAACACCAUUCACACCCUUAACGUCACAUGCACCCACACCAAUGUCCUCUGUCUCAAUUCCAGACUCCUCUGUCUUUACCUACUCCUCCACCACCCCGGGCUGCUCCCCCGGUCCGGAAGUGGGAGAGGAGGAUGGGGAAGAGAAAGAGAGGAAGGAGAGAAAAGAGCGAGAGGAGAGGGAGAGAGGGGGUAAGGAGAGGGAGAGGGUGCGUGACCCCAGCAGUAGUUCGGGGAUCGGUGUGGGCGGGAGCUCCACCACCUCUACCUCGGACCCUCUCACCCCUCCCUGCAUCCCUCCCCCCGCCCAGCACAGGGCAUGCUGGGAUAGCCUGCCCCACCCUGCUGUGGAGGCGGAGUCACUGCAAAGUCCCGCCCCUCGCCCUGCCCCUCGAUUUGCCCCCGCACCGAUCAUGGCGCCGGCUGUUGUGCCGGCGCCAUUGUGCCGGGGGGUCAGGGGGGUCAGGGGCAAGAAACUGAAUCCGUGGGACGUGGGUGGGGGAAGGGGGCCUGCUGCAGGGGGGUCUGUUGGAGGGGGGUCUGUAGGGGCAGGGUCUCUUGGGGAGCAGCUGUGUAAGGGUGAAGUAAUAGACCCCUUAGAGGACAUCAGCCCCCCCUUGUCCCCCCUGAAGCCCCUUAAGGCAGUGCCCAGAGACGAGAGAGAAAUCGGGAGGAAGAGGGAGAUGGAGAGGAGGAGGGAGAUGGAGAGAGCAGCCAUGGGGGUGGGCUGGGAGGACAUGAAAAUCACCCUAGGAAGGGAGCCUACCCCAGGGAAGAGCAGAGGAGGUCUGAACCCCAGCAGACUCACAGAGAGCCUACCUCCCCUCCUCCUCACACAACUCCAGGGGGGCUCCCUCUUCCCUUCACGUAAGUGCCGCAGGGACAACCAGCUCCCCAGCCAGAGUGUGUCUGAAGCGGGCAUAGGAGAGGGUGGACCCCUGGGCCUGUGGAGAGCUGUCAUCUCUGGCUAUAAGAGGGACAGGAAGAAGAAGGGCAGGACUUCCCUUCCCAAUAUGACAACAGCCCCAGCCCCCAAAGAGCAGGGCAAGAGGAAAAGUUCUGCAGAGAGAAGAGGUGUGAAGUUCAGGGAGCGCCAGAGCUGGUCAGAGCCGGAGGAGUCAGACAUCACCUGCUCUGUUGUGAUGGAGAGAUGCUCCAAGGCCAAUCUUCGUCUGGAGCUGUUUGACCUAGCGUCAGACCUUCAGAAGGAAACCAUUGAGGAGGAAGAGGAGAAUGAGGAAGGAGAGAGGAACGUGGGGAAAGAGAGGGAGCUGGACAGCUCCCCCCAUAUGGAUACACAGCGGAAGUCAUCGUGCCCUACGGAAGUGGUGGGGGUACUAGUGCACAUGAAGGACCUGAAGGACCCGUCCAGCCUGAAUGUGUCAGAGGCCAUGUUCCACAGAGAGAGAGACCCAGAGGAGGAGCAGCUAGAUGCCAGGUUAACACGCAGAGUACAGAGGGCAGCGCGCAAACAGGCCAAACAGGAGCAACUCAAGAGACUGCACAGAGCCCAGAUGAUCCAAAGGCAGUUGGAGCAGGUGGAGGAGAAGCAGAGGCAGCUGGAGGAGAGGGGUGUGGCUGUGGAGAAGGCCUUGAGAGGGGAAGCAGACUACUGGGGAGAGUCGAAUGACAGUGAAGAGCUGGACUUGAACCUGGGAGUCAUGGGCAGGCAGGAUGAUCCAGCUCUGAUGCAGCAGUGGUUCAAGCUAGUCCAGCAGAAGAACUGUCUGAUGCGCUAUGAGUCAGAACUCAUGAUAUUUGCUUGGGAACUGGAGUUGGAGGACAGACAGAGCCGUCUUCAACAGGAGCUCAGAGAGAGGAUGGCCGUGGAUGACCACCUGAAGGGUGAAGCAGAGCUGGCUGAGGAGAAGCUAAUCCUGGGGGAGAUGUUGGAGGUGGUGGAGCAGAGAGAUGCUCUGGUGUCUCUGCUGGAGGAGCAGCGGCUGCAGGAGAGCCAGGAGGACAGAGACCUGGAGGCCGUCAUGCUGUCCCGGGGCCUGGGCCUGCACAACUGGGCCUGAACCUGAACAACUGGGCCUAAGCACAGACACGUCACUUCCCCUCUAAAGCUGCGAUCAGGGUCACAGUUGUGAGGUCACUUCCCCUCUGAUACAAUGUUAUGACCAGGAUCAAGGUGGGACUGUGUCUGGAUGAUCAGUUUUUAGAAUUGGAGAUGUUUCCCCAAUCCCCACUGCAACACACAUCCUGCUAUACCCCUGACUGACCUCUGAGACUGAUGGCUCUAUGCUCACUAUACUCACCCAGGCUGUUGUUAUGGCGAUAUGUGGCAUGUUUGAAUGAUUUGUAUUGUUAUUUAUUAACCAUUUAGAAAAAUGUAUAUUAUGUAAAAAGAAACGGUACUCAUUUUUUAAAACCUUUUUAAAAUGACAUGAAUGAUGUUUUACUUCACACAUUGGAUAAUAAAGACAUUCUGACAUGA